UUUUUAACUUCUGCUCUGAAAAAGAAAAAAAAAAUGGAGUCCAACAUUGCGAAGCAAAAGGUCAUCCGGCUCUUGCAGGAUUAGGAUCAGUGAGUUGUAGAUCCUAAUGCUGCAGGGCGCCAAAAGAUUCCAGUAUCAUUCCCUAUUGCUCUUCUGCUUUAAUUUUCAUUCCUUUACUCGCCUUCUCCAAAAACCCUUCUAAUCCGAAUCGGGUAGCUAAUCCCUUAUUCGGAUUCCAGAUGAACUUUCGAUUUCUUUGUACAGCACGUGUUCUGAUCAUAUUGCUAAUCGUUUUUUAUUCGAGCUUAACCGGCGACGUCUCGGUAUCAAAGUCAGAGAGCUCCCAAGUCUCAAUUGUUGGCAAUCGUGAUGGAGACUUCAAGGGCUUAGCAUUACCUGCCAGCCGCUCUCCUCUGUCUCCUCCAGCUAAGCCUAGUACGGCACUAGUUGUCGCCCCAGAUCAAAAUGGGACAAUACAUUUGGUGGAGAGUGGUUCCAUGAGGAUAAUAUGGUCAUUUCCAACAGGAUCACCAAUUUACAAUUCAUAUCAAGCUCCUGUCAACAAGGGUAAUGAUAAAGACAAUGCAUCUGGACCCAAUGAAUUCAUAGAUGUCGGAGAUGACUGGAGUUUAUAUCAAAGAAAGCCUUUUGGUAAAAUGGUAUGGAGACUCUUAACAUCUAUUGAAGAUAUUGUUAAAGCUACACCUAAAUUAUCAAAUGAUGGAGUUGUUACACUCGGAUCUAAAAGAAGUACUGUUUUUGAAGUUGAUGCCAAAACUGGAAGGAUCUUUCGAAGUUAUGCCGCAUCGGAUUUUGAUAAUUCCUUUGCACUGUGGAGUGAUGACAGGAAAAGUGUUCAAAAUAUCCUCGCUACUAAAAAUGAGGAGCUGGUCAAGUCUGAUCCUCUUAAGCUUCAUGUGCCAAAGCCGCUACUGAUGUUAUUUAGGACAGAUUAUUCUCUACAAGCUGUUAGUCCAGGAUCAGAAAAAGUUGCAUGGAGUAUGACAGUAGCAGAAUUUGAAGCUGUGUUAUAUUGCCAACAUAAUGAAAACCCAAAUGAUGGUGCGCUAUUUGAUUCAGAGGGUGAGUAUGCUUGUGAUGGUGGCCUGGAUUUUGCUUUGCCAUACCCAUGUUGGGUGAAGAAAAAGGUCUACCGUCUACCAAAAAACUUUCUGCUACAACCUUCAGUUGUUGAGAGAUUACCUGAGGCUACUUAUGAUAGCGAAUUGCUCCCAAUGCCCUCUUCAGAUCUGAUGCUUCCUAUGCAGCCUAAUAAUGAAAGAUUUUUAAAAGGCCAUGAUGAUGUCAAGAUGCUUCCCAUGCCUGUGCCAAAUUUGUUGCCUCCUCUGCUUCCAGAAAUGGUCAAUAGUGAUGACACAUUUGAACUUGCUCUGCCGUGGACACAGAUCACAACACAUGAGGAAGUUAAUCUGAAGAAAGCGAUUUCAUGGUUAUUAAGAUGGAUUCUGGUGCUGUUGAUAGUCUCUUUCCUGGUCUGGAUUUUUUGGUUAGUUAAAAAGCUAUUGAAAUUGAAAGGCCAAAAUAGUGAGCUUGAUUUUAAAAGUAAUCUUAAGAAAAGGAAAACACGAAAGUCAGGAAAGAGCAAUGAAAUUGUUGACAAGAAGGUUAAGCCAUUGGUAUCAGAAGAUGACAAACUAAUACCACAAUGUAGAGAUGAUAAGGAACCUUGGCUGUAUAUUAAUAAAGUUGAUGAACGUGCUGAUGGGCGGAAGAUUGGUAAACUAUUUGUAUCGAGUAAAGAAAUUGCAAAGGGAAGCAAUGGAACCAUUGUUCUAGAGGGAACAUAUGAAUGUCGAGCGGUUGCUGUUAAACGUCUUGUCCAAGCUCAUCAUGAUGAGGCCUUUAAAGAAAUUCAAAACCUUAUUGCAUCUGACAAUCACCCAAACAUUGUUCGAUGGUAUGGGGUGGAAAAUGAUCAAGAUUUUGUCUACCUGGCACUAGAGCGUUGUUCAUGUAACUUGGAUGAUUUAAUUCAGAUUUACUCAGAUAUAGCAGAAAACUCAGUGUUUAGCAAGAACGAAACUUUUAAGGCUCAAUUGGAGAUUGGAAAGCAAAAUACGCAGAAUCUUUGGAAAGCAAAUGGCUUUCCAUCACCUCUCCUUUUGAAGCUAAUGAGGGAUAUAAUUUCAGGGCUUUGUCAUUUGCAUGAACUGGGAAUAGUACAUCGGGAUUUGAAACCCCAAAAUAUUUUGAUAAUCAAUGAAAGAUCUUUAUGUGCAAAGCUUUCUGAUAUGGGCAUUAGUAAACGUCUUCUGGAAGAUGCGUCAUCUUUUGGUCAUAAUGCUACUGGCUGUGGCAGUUCAGGUUGGCAAGCACCAGAACAACUUGCUCAAGGGCGUCAAACACGAGCUGUCGAUUUAUUUAGUCUGGGUUGUGUCUUAUUUUUUUGUAUAACUGGGGGAAGACAUCCAUUUGGAGAACGUCUUGAACGUGAUGUUAAUAUUGUGAGAAAUCGAAAGGAUCUUUUCUUGGUGGAUUUCAUUCCUGAAGCCGAGGAUCUUAUUUCUUGUUUAUUAAACCCUGAGCCUGAUCUAAGGCCCAAGGCGUUUGAAGUUUUGCACCACCCUUUCUUCUGGGAUUCUGAAAUGAGACUCGCCUUUCUCAGAGAUGCCAGUGAUAGAGUGGAAUUAGAAGAUAGGGAGAGUUAUUCGGAUCUUUUGAUGGCAUUGGAAGGUAGUGCACCAGUGGCUUUAAAUGGGAACUGGGAUGAAAAGAUGGAACCUGCCUUUGUUGCUAACAUUGGCCGGUACCGGCGAUAUAAACAUGACAGUGUUCGAGACUUAUUACGAGUCAUCAGAAACAAGCUGAAUCACUAUAGGGAAUUGCCUCAAGAAAUUCAGGAACUUGUAGGACCGAUUCCAGAAGGAUUCAAUCACUACUUUUCAAGUCGGUUCCCUAGACUCCUAAUUGAAGUGUAUAAAGUCAUAUGCAAAUAUUGCAAGGCCGAGGAAUGUUUUCAGCGGUACUUUAAAAACGCAUGAAAGAGCCUUGGCCUCCUCCGGUGGCUUUAGAGAAGACUAUGUUGAUACCUUAGUACCUGACUACUGCAAUAGGUUUGUACACUUUUUUUUCUCCAACCAUCAACUGUAAUAUGUAUUGUCCAAUGUAAUCUGAUCCGAAGUUAUGAUAUAAUAUCAUUUAAUGGAUACCUUUGUAACAUAGAUUACUCUUUUUAAUACGUUAAGAGGGUUUAUCAAAUAAAUUAGAAAAUCUUAUUUGUA